GGGGAUGCAUGUGGAGAGAGAUGUGGAAAAGGGUGUGCUGAGGUUGCACCAGAGGAAGUACUGUGAGGGGCUGGCUGAGAAGUAUGAGCAGCUGGAAGCGGCCAAGAGGUUGGUCCGCUAUGUGAGUGCUACGGCAUCAGUGGGAUUGGAGUACAGUGGAGUGAGGCAGCAGUUGCAGAGAGGUGCUGCAGAUGUGAAAAGUGAUGAGAUGCUCUUGAGUUGCUAUACUGACGCUAGCUUCAACUCAGUGAAAGCGGAUGGCACCAGCAUUGGGGGUUAUGUGUGCUUGCUAGGAGGUGGUGCUGUGAGCUGGCGCAGCAAGAAGCAGAAUGAGGUGGGAUUGUCCUCAUGUGAGACUGAGUACAUGGCCUUAUACCAUGGGGCCAAGGAAGUGGUCUGGCGGAGGCAGAUCAUUGGAAGGGCAUGAAGCUUGCUGGGAUGAGUGUGCAUUGAGUAUGCAUGCUUGAGAUGUGGUAUGGUGGAUGAUGGUUGGCAGCCAGAGGGGGAGAUUGUUGUGUGAUGUCAUCAUAUGCUAUCACAUUCUGUCUGCCUCCCAUCCCAUGUUUUCAACUUGCAUGUGUGGUUUGAAUGUGCAAGCAUUUGUGUGUGGUGUGUUCUGGAGUUUGGGAAUGUGUUCUGUGUUAUUUUUGUUUCAGUAGGUAUUUGUGAUAAUAGAUCUUGAGAAGAUCUUUCCGACGCAACGAGAAUCCCUUCAAUCGGAGCAAGAACGCGAAAGCUAUGAAGAUUCAAAGUUCAUAAGCUCGCGUUACAAUUGCGGCGGUUACUAAGUGAAGU